AUGUGUUGGCAUUGGAUAUUUCAGAUAUAUGGAAUCGAUGCAGCGUCAGGAGCUGCUGUUUUGGCAUUGGAUAUUUCAGCUGGAGAUCAUGUUCUUGAUCUUUGCGCCGCUCCCGGUGCUAAGCUUUGUCUGAUAUCAGACCUUCUUGGUGAUUCAGGUUCAGUAACUGGCGUUGAUGUUUCAAGACACCGACUAGCGGCUGGUAGGACAUUGCUGCAGAAAUAUGCAUUGGGCAGUCGCUGCCGACUUUUCGUUGCUGAUGGGACUACUUUCUCCAUCAUUCCAAUGAGUGUGCAUACCAAUUCUUUAUCAUGUGGAUCUGGAUUGGAGGAAAAUGUGACAUUCAAGGAGUGGACAUCUAGGAGGCCAUGGAAAGAAAGGAAAGAAGUAGCUAGGAUAAGAAAAAGUGGUGUUGUGCUGUCAGGGACUCAACUUCCAGAUCUUAUCUAUUAUGGCUGCCAAUCUGGUGUGGUUGGCCUAAAGAAAAGUGAAUUGUACCAAACAUUUUGUGACGGUCAGUUUUCGGGCUGUGGCUAUGACAAGGUCCUAGUUGAUGCAGAGUGCACUCAUGAUGGUUCAAUUAAACAUGUCCAAAAAUUUGAACGUUGGGGUUGGGACACACUUCAACGUCGGGUAUUGAAUGCAGAGAGAGGUGAUAACCUCACUGCGCUUCAGUUAAAACUCCUAAAGAAUGGUUUUAGAUUGCUAAAAGCUGGCGGACUGCUUGUUUAUAGCACUUGCAGUUUGACAGUUGCUCAAAAUGAAGAUGUCGUGAAGCAGUUUCUUGAAGAAAACUCUUCUGCUGAGUUGCAGGCGAUAGAUGCUGCUGAGAAUUGGCCUUGCAGGAACGGGCGACUACCCAAAACCCUGCGGUUUGAUCCUUUGACUUCAAACACUAGCGGACUGUUUGUUGCUAAGUUUACAAAAGUAGCCAUUUAAUCCAAGUUUGCCGGAUGAUCUUGAUGCCCCUUCAAGGAAUUAUUUUUGUGAUUGAAUAGUAGUUUUAGUACGCAAUUCAUCUUUGCAAUCUAAUUAGCACAACUGAAAUAUUGGAAAUAUGUAAUGCCAGCAGCAGUUCCUCUCUUUCUUCUCUUCCAUACAAUCAUACAAACACAGUGAGGCUUUCACUUUUCAGUUCAUCUUUUUCAUCAUGAUAACUUCAGCCCCGGGCCUCCCAGCUAUCACUUGCUGACUGCAGCAUGAUCAAGUUUCAGAGCUGAAAUUUCUUCAGACCCUAAUCCUAGUCACAACCGAGACUUGAUCUCAUUGUCUUGUAAUCCACCGGGGUAAAACUUGCUCUUUUGCUUCGAAUCUAAUUAUUUUAACAUGAAAUUUACCACAGUACAACAUUUUUCUAGUUAAGUGAAAACUUGAUAAUUUGUGAUCGCUUUGAAAGCAGCUUUUUUUUUCAACAGGUUUUUAGAAAAAAGCAAACUUUCCGGCAGACGCCUUGUGAUUGCAAACGUGGAUACUGACUAAUGGAUCUAAGUCCUCCUCACAUUGGAACUGCAUUUCUUAUAUUCUUACGAGUCUAAUUUGU